AUGGACGUAGCGAGGUGUGACUUCACUCGUUGGUUUAACAUUGAAGCUGGUUUGAAGCCAAGAGUUGCAUUUGGAACCAAAACCUUCCGAUUGGCACAUAACACCGGUGCCGGGGCCGGUGAAAAGAUUCCCGGUGGAUUUCAAAGCCUCACUCCACCGCUAUCCACGACUAUAGCCAAUUACUUUCGUUUUGACAUGGCAGCGGAUAUCUGCAAGUCUGCAAGCUGUCUGUUUGUGUGGUCUGAUCAGUGUGUCAUUGUGUGUCCUCUCUCCCUCUCCCUCCUCCUGCCAGUCACCCCAGAGGCCAUCGGCUUCCUGUCGGCGGUGGGCGUCUUCAUCGUGGCGCUGGCGGUCCUCUUCCUCUUCAUCAACAAGAAGCUGUGUUUCUCUCGUGUCGGCGGGCUGCCCUGUCUGGAGCCGAACAGCCGCCGCAAGAAAGGACGACAGGGGAUCCGCCAGGGGCUCGUGAACAGUUACGGCGAUGAUGGUGCCACCAGCUCGUCUGACAGCGAAGGCGAGGUCCUGAAGAAGUUUGAGAUCUCUGUGUCGCGUUCGCAAAGUUUCCUUAAAGCGGGGGCGGCGGCUAACGGCAGUGAAAAGCAAUCUCAGCCAACUCAGCUGUCGUCGUUGGGCCGACGCCACAAAUUCACCCGACUGUCGGACCAGGAGGAGGGCAGCACCGAGCCAUCAGACUGUGAAGACAUGGAGGCUCAGAAGCAGCAGCAGCAUUUCCAGGACCCGCUGUCUGCAGCAGCAGCAGAAGCGGAGAGCGCGGAGUCGUCUGCAAACUGUCCGAACAAACCUGCAGGAGCCAAGGCGUCUCUAUCAGGGCGUCUCUAUCAGGCACCAGGGCGUCUCUAUCAGGCGCCAGGGACAGUCCCACACUCAGUCUGA